CCCUGGUGCUUUCUUUCCCUCCCUCCGUGGUGGAUCCAGGGGUCUCCCCCAGAGUUCACCGCUUAUCUGAGAUGUUUGGAGAGGGACUCUGCUCAGGCACUCCUGAAGGCUGCCGGACCGGCUCCCUUUGCACCGAGGGCUUUCCUGGAUGCGGCCAUACUGAACUUUGGCAAGUUCGGUAGGGCUGAACUGAGUCCCUUCCGAGCGAAAGGGCGCGCGGAGCAGCAACUGCCAGGGAGCGGAGAUUCAGGGCUCCUGUGACUCUUCUGCCGCUCCUCCUCCUCGCCUUCAUCUUCCGCUUUACCUGUGAGAGUGGCAGCUCACCCGGCUACGUGUGUGUAUUCCCCCCGCCCCCCCCCCAAUCCGUGUGUGGACUUCUAGAGAGCUACUCUGCUGCUGAUCCGCCUUGCCGUGACCCCGGAAGUGUCCAGUCGGCCUUGGGCGCCUUUCCCUUUUCUGCUCGGGAAAGCAACGAAAACUUUCCCCUUCUCUCGGGGAAAUGGCUUUCCUCGUCCGUUGCUAUGCCAACUGCCUCCAGCCGUGGUCCUCCAAACUUCCUGGGGACCUCAACAAGAUGCACCUCACGGAUCACCCGCACCAGCAGGUGAUGCACGUCCCGGCCAGCCAAUCAGGAUGCAGCAUCGCCAGUGACUCGGGGAGCAGCAGCCUGUCAGACAUCUAUCAGGCCACAGAGAGCGACCUCGGUGAUGUGGACCUGUCGGGGCUCCCGGAGGCCCCGGUGGACUCCGAGGAAGAGGAGGAGGAAGAUGAGGACCUAGAGAGGACCACAGAUGGGCUGCUCGGCCGGGACCUCGUCAGGGAGUGUUUGGAGAAGGAACCGGCGGACAGGAAUGAUGACGACAUAGAGCAGCUGCUGGAGUUCAUGCACCAGUUCCCGGCCUUCGCCAACAUGACCAUGUCCGUCAGGAGGGAACUCUGCACCGUCAUGGUCUUCGAGGUGGUGGAACGUGCCGGGACAGUCAUCCUGCAUGACCGGCAAGAGCUGGACAUGUGGUACGUGAUUCUCAACGGCUCGGUGGAGGUGGGCCACCCGGACGGCAGGGCCGAGACCCUGUGCAUGGGCAACAGCUUCGGGAUCUCGCCUUCGCUGGACAAGCAGUACAUGCACGGCGAGGUGCGCAGCAAAGGCGACGACUGCCAGUUCGUGUGCAUCGCCCAGGAGGACUACUGGCGAAUCCUGAACCAUGUGGAGAAGAACACACACAAGGUGGAGGAGGAGGGCGAGAUCGUCAUGGUGAAGGAGCAUCGGGAGCUGGACCGCAGCGGCACCAGAAAGGGCCACAUCGUUAUCAAGGGCACUCCCGAGCGAUUGAUUAUGCACCUAGUGGAGGAGCACUCGGUGGUGGACCCCACGUACAUAGAGGACUUCCUGCUCACCUACCGCACCUUCCUGUCCAGCCCCAUGGAGGUCGGCAGGAAGCUGCUGGAGUGGUUCAACGCGGACAGCCUCCGAGACAAGGUCACACGGGUCGUGCUCCUCUGGGUGAACAAUCAUUUCAACGACUUUGAAGGGAACCCGGAGAUGACGCAGUUCCUGGAGGACUUCGAAAGGCUCCUGGAGACAGCACAGAAGAUGAAGGGCCACCUGAGGCUGCUGAACAUCGCCUGCGCCGCCAAGGCCAAGUGGCGGCAGGCGACUCUGCUGAAGCCUUCCCGGGAGUCGCCCCUGCACUUCAGCCUGCAGGGCGGCAGCGAGCGCGGCUUCGGCGUCUUCGUGGACGAGGUGGAGAAGGGCAGCAAGGCGGCCGAGGCCGGCCUCAAGCGGGGGGACCAGAUAAUGGAGAUAAACGGGCAGAAUUUUGAGAACAUCACCUACGCCAAAGCCAUGGACAUCCUGAGGAACAACACGCACCUGUCUCUCACCGUCAAGACGAACAUAUUUGUCUUCAAAGAGCUGAUGGGCAGGGUCCAGCACGAGAAGAAAAAUGGCAGCCCCCAUGUGCCCAAGAUCCAGGAGAAGAAGAGCAACCGCUUCUCCAUCCCGGACCUGCCCGGCGACCUGGAGUUCCCCACCGACAAGAGCCACAAGAAGAUGAAGGCCAACACCGUUUCCGGGGGCCGCAACAAGAUCCGGAAGAUUCUCGACAAGACGCGCUUCAGCAUACUGCCGCCCAAGCCCUUCAGUGAUGGCGGCGUGAUCCAGUGCCAGGACGACAGCAUCGUGGGCACCAAGCAGUGUCGGCACAGCGUGGCCAUCAUGCCUGUCCCCGGAGCGCUGUCCUCCAGCAGUCCGGACCUGCUACAGCCGGUCUCCAGCGUGCUCGACUACUCUACCGCUACAGAUGCUCCAGACCAGGUGAUCCGUGUGUUCAAGUCGGACCAGCAGAGUUGUUACAUCAUCAUCAGCAAAGACACCACGGCCAAGGAAGUCGUGUCCCAUGCGGUUGCCGAGCUCGGCCUCCUCCAGAUGUCCGACACCUUCUCCCUGUGCGAGGUGUCCGUCAGCCCGGAGGGCGUCAUUAAGCAGAGGAGGCUGCCUGACCAGCUGUCCAAACUGGCUGACCGGAUACAGCUCAACGGCAGGUACUACCUGAAGAACAAUAUGGACACAGAGACGCUCUGUUCAGAUGACGAUGCCCAGGAGCUGCUGAGGGAGAGCCAGAUCAGCUUGCUGCAGCUGAGCACCAUGGAGGUGGCCGCCCAGCUCUCCAUGCGCGACUUUGAGCUCUUCCGCAACGUCGAGUCCACCGAGUACGUGGAGGACCUCUUCAAGCUGGACCCCUCGGGUGCUGCCAGCAGCAGCCACCUCAAGCAGUUCGAGGACAUCAUCAACCAGGAGACCUUCUGGGUGGCCACGGAGAUCCUGAGAGAGCCCAACACGCUGAAGAGGAUGAAGACACUGAAACACUUCAUAAAGAUCGCCCUGCAUUGUCGCGAAUGCAAGAACUUUAACUCGAUGUUCGCCAUCAUCAGCGGGCUCAACCUGGCACCGGUGUACCGCCUACGCGGAUCUUGGGAGAAGCUGCCGGGAAAGUACGAGAAGCUGUUCCGGGACCUCCAGGACGUCUUCGACCCAUCCAGGAACAUGGCCAAGUACCGGAACGUGCUGAGCAGCCAGAGCGUGCAGCCUCCCAUCAUCCCCCUCAUCCCCGUGGUGAAGAAGGACCUGACCUUCCUGCAUGAAGGCAACGACUCCAAUGUGGACGGCCUGGUGAACUUUGAGAAACUGCGCAUGAUCGCCAAGGAGGUGCGGAACGUGGUGCGAAUGACCUCGGCCAACAUGGACCCCGCCCUCAUGUUCCGGCAGAGGAAGAAGAGGUGGAAAAGCUUAGGAUCCCUAAGCCAGGGCAGCACCAAUUCCAACAUGCUAGACGUCCAGGGGGCCGCGCACAAGAAACGCGUGCGGCGCAGCUCGCUGCUAAACGCCAAGAAGCUCUAUGAGGAGGCGCAGAUGGCCCGCAAGGUCAAGCAGUACCUGUCCAACUUGCAGGUGGAGACGGACGAGGAGAAGUUCCAUAUCAUGUCGUUCCAGUGUGAGCCGGCCUGCAACAACCUGACUAAGAACGUGAGUGAGCGGCGGUCGACCAAAUUGGACAUGUCUCCGGUGCUGCUGCGCUCCUCGCUGCCGUCGGGGAAGCCCCCCCCCCAGAAUAGGAUGAGCCAGGUGCUGCAGAUUCCCCCCGUCAGCCUGAACCCCCUGCGGAAGAAAAGCAUAGCCAAGGACCUGGCCGUCCAUGGUUCUCCGCAGGUAUUGAAGAAGACAACCAGCUCAGUUGAGGACUGGCCCACAAGGAAGCCUGGUGCCAGCGAGGACACAGUGUCCAUCACCUCCUCCCUGCACUCCACCCCGACCGUGUCCCCUCAGGGCUCCCCCCGCAAAGCAGGUGGUGCCCCCAAGUCGCACAGCUCCAGCCCAGUGAACCUGUCAGGCUCGUCCUCAUCCCUGACCAGCGAGGCUGGCACCCGGGGGGCCGGCAGCCAGCGCAGUUAUGGAAUAGUGUACGCUCUGAUGCCGGCGGGGAAGUCGGACACACACUCUGACUCCAGCCACAGUGAGAUCUCCUCCCGCUCCAGCCUCAUCAGCAACGGCUCUGUGGACUCUGUGGCAGCGGCUGUGGCCGAGGAGCGCUGCCCCAGUGCCCGCCCCCUCGCCGCGGCGGAUGCCACGCCCGCUGCCACCACGCUGCCCGCUGCCGCCCCGCAGCCCGCUGCCGAAGGCGUCCUGCCUCACCCCAGUUCGUCGGCGCUGCGGGCCUGCGUGACCCGCGCAUCCACCUUUCCCUUCCCCGCUGGCGGUGAGGAGCUCACCCCCGACCCCACGGGCCUGGACCCAGCGGACAGCGGCCGGGGCAGCUGGACCUCCUGCUCCAGCAGCUCCCACGAUAACUUCCAGAACCUCCAACCCCAACGGGCCUGGGACGUGGGCGGCCUGCGGAACCAAGCCCUGGGCAGACCCGUGGCCGAGGCAGAUGCCUGCGGGCCCCGGGAGGCCGGCGAGGGGGGCCCCGGCGUCGCCACGGAGACCAGCCGGUCCCGGGAAAGCUGGGCCUCCUGCAGCUCCCUCUCGGAGUCGUGCGACUACAGCACAGUGAAGCGCAGGGUGCCGGACAAACUCAUGAUACCGGGAGUGUGUCCCGAUGGGACCCUGGGCAGCGACACCACCUACAAAACCGUCACCUCCAGCACAGAGAAGGGACUCAUAGUGUACUGCGUUACCUCGCCCAGCAGGGGUCCGCCCCCCACCCCCCCAGGGUACCAGGGCAUCUCCUUCCCCGAAGGAGCCGCCCGGAAUCCCCAUCUAAAGCCCCCCGACUAUUGCGUGGCCCUGCAGAGGUCAAAGCUGCUCCAGAGUCCGGGAGGUACCAUGCCGCAUGAGCACAAGGGGCGCACCAGCCCGGCCGCUGCGGCCCCCGAGGAAGAUGAGGAGCAGGUGUCGGCCGUUUAGGUAGCGGGACCCAGACGCACAUGACGGGCCCGGCCCCUGGGCCCCCCGAUGCCGCCAACACACCCCUCUCUCUGUCUCUCACCGGGCCCCCCCUUGGCUGCUCUGGACCGCGUGGCACCGAGAGCUCCACGACGUCAUGAGGGAAAUAUCACGCCUGUAAGCCGUCAUUACCACGGCGACCGGCCAUCGCUGAUGUAAGAGUGAGUGGGACCCAGGGUGCCUUCGCUAUUCGACUGGAGCUGCGUUCCGGCGCCGCUUCGACGGGUCGCACCAGUCCGACUCUCGUCGGACCUCCGCAUCUUCUCUAGGAAAGAAGAGUCUUUCCGCAGUUUAAUUUAUGUCGUGAUUCCAAGUCUUCACGUGGGUAUGCUUUAAUAUGUGCUUUUGAACCAUAUAACCAAGGUAUUACAUAACCAGUGAGAUUUAUCAAAUGGCCAAUUUUUUUUAUAUUUAUGUCUUUAAGCUAAAUUAUGGCAGUUUACGUUAAUAUCUUGGGUUAAGGGCGCAGGACCUCCGGUGUACAUCUGUCGCCUUUUGCUGAUAACGGUGCCCCUUGUUAACCAUGCAAAUGGCGGAAACACGGGGGCCUGCUUGUGAUUCAGCUGGACAGGAUGUAGAGAUACCAGCCAGAUGUACACGUCUCAAGCUUUAAGACUCGUCGCGCAGCAAACACCUAAAAACUAGAAACGUUUACAGCAGAUAUCCCAGUUUACAAUGUCAGGGUUCAAAUGCCGCUUAUUGUGCUGUAAACUAACGACUCGACUGGUAAAUGUGCAUUAACGUGCGUGGAUGCAGCCUCGGGUCUGCAGUGUACCUCACUUACCACAUUGCCUAUCAUUUUAAAAGCCUGCUUUAUGUUGUUGAUGUACAUAGAUGAAGAAACGUUAGAUGACAGGAAAAUAUAAAUAAUUCCCUUUUUUUUUUUCCAUCUCCAGUCCAUGUUUAGCGUACACCUCGAAGACAUUUUGUAAGAUAUUUUAAUUACUUUUUUUAAAAUGCAACCUAAUGCUAUUAAUAUUGCAUUUAUUAUUUGUAUAUUUUUGCCAAUCUCUCGCCCUCUAGGGACAAUGAUGGAACUGCAUUAUGUUUCUGGAUAUAACUGGAUUGUCUUCUCCUUUUUCAUUUGGACCCAUUGUUGAUAUUGUAUCUUUUGGUAUACAGAACUUGAAGAUGUUAAUGGUAAUAUAUACAUAUACAAAUAUAUACAUAUAUUUUUGGUUUUGUUAUAAAUUAAUGUUACAGAACGUGUAUAGUUCGAGCUAGAGCUUUCUAUAAAGACUAGUUUUAAUAUUUUUGUUAGAAUGAAAGGUUUUCAUUCCCCUUUUCUGCUGUAAGGGCAGGCUUUUAGUGUUUUGUCUGUUUAGGUGAUUAAGUAUGUGCAGACUGACGCAUUCUGCGUUCACCUGGGUGAUGAUGUACCCCACUGGCCCAAUUCUGCUGCCCUCUAGUGGUGUUGAUGGUCAAAUGACUAGAAACAGAUGGGCACCCAUUUACAGGCAUGAGCAAAAUUUGGCUGGCAGUGAGACCGAGCUUGUGCCUCCUCUAAUAAUACUGCGGCCUUUGAAUUUGCCACUUCCAACACCUCCAAUGCCUACUUCUGACUGACCCCUGACACCUCUGUGCUUUCCUCGCUAACCUGUUUGUUUCUACAUUGGAAAAACUUUGCCCUGGUCUGUCACCGUGACCAAGUAAAUUUUUGCACAUUCCCCAGUAAAACAAAGCAGUAUUCAGUAUCACCUUCUGCCGUAAACUCAGAAGAGAAUCAAUCGUAAAUAUAUAUGUGGACGUUUUCCCGAUCUCUAUAUUUUCUUAUUUAAAGAAGUGUAAAUCUGUAAAUAUUUGAAGGAACUGUCCACGAAACUGUCAUGUGCUGAUGGACGAUGCCGGCUGACGAUCACGCGCCCUUCAUUCGAUAUGUGCUCAGCUAGCAGUAUGUUCAGGCUCGCGGCUGCAUGUCCCUGCUGUGGUUCAUAAUCGGGUGAGCCGAUCAUAUUGAUCAGGCAUGUUUCCUGCUUUCCAGUCGAGCUCAAGGGAGAGCGGUCUCUGCGUUGGGAUGUGACGGGUGACCCAGCACCCCCCCCCCCCCCCAUUUAUCGAUUUUACAACCACGGCUUUCAGUAUUCAGUGAGGAUGAUUUAUUUUUCACCGUGCAUGUUAAAGCGAUGGACCAAUUUACUGGAGUUAAUUUUUGGAUGAAUUUAUCGCUGCAACCCCCCCACGGAGGCGGUACGGGCUCCUCACCAUAUGCAUCAACAUGCCGCAAAGGCCGUUUUCACUUGACGUGGCUCCUGACAAACACUGAACGGCUAUUUAGGCAAUUUUUUCGGUAACUCCCGCGCUACUCGCUAAAUCGCUAAUCUCAAGUCUCUGGUCUCUCCUAUAUUACCUGGAAUGCAAUAAGUGAGAUGUGAAGUUUUAUGUAAAGCAGAACUGCACAAGUGUAAACCCUGCCAGUAGCAAUUGUACUGCACACGUCUGUCACAGAAGUAUUAUCCGCUCUGUCGCGUUUUUGUCCUGGAAUUUUGAUAGCUGUCGUAACUUAUGUCUUUUAGAAAGACAACUUGCUUGUAUGCCUUUUUUUGUAUUUUUAUCAGUGGAUGUAAAUAUUUGUUAUAUUUUUGUUUAAGAGAAUGUUUUAAACUAUUGUUAAGUCUGCUGAUAUGAUUUUGGACAAUAAAAUGUUAAAUGUG